AUGCUCCGCGGCCUCGUCAACGCAGACGCGCUCACCUCGGAGCAGGAGGAACACAUUGACGAACUCCAACAUGAGAUCGACGAAAUCUGGAACCGGCGCGGCAACUACCAGAUUGACCCGGACGCGUGGGAGACGAUGCCGUUCUUUAUGGAGAAUAUUACAGAGGAAGAUAUUGACAAGAACGCCAACUGCGCAGCGCUCGCGUCCAUUGUGUACGACGAGGUGCCACCGGAUGAGAUUGCCGAGAAUCGCAAGGAGCACGGCAACCGCGCCUUGAACAUGGCUCUCAACCCCAACCAAGAGCGCCGUGAGAAUCUCGCACGUGCUGCGUGCUACAGCUACACCGAGGCCUUGCAAGCCAAAGGAAAGAACACGAAGCUGUCCUCCACCAUCUACGCCAACCGCAGCCUUGCCCAGUUCAUCAUUGGCAACUAUGGCCACGCGCUCGCGGACGCGCAGCGCUCCAUCAUCCUCGACCCGCACUACCGCAAGGCGUAUUACCGAGCUGCGAAGUGCGCAUGCGCACUGAAGAAGUACGACAUGGGACUUCAGCUGCUGGAGAAGGGGCGGCGUGUCGUUGACCCGCCCAUGGACGCCGCGGCACAGGCGGAGUUUUCGGAAAUGGAAAAGAAGUGCUUGCAGGGCAAGGAACAGCAGACGUCGGAGGAGGCGAAACAGCAGCGCACGGCGCGCUCGCAGGCGGCGAAAGUGUCGAAUGUGGCUCGCGCCAUCACCUCCAGUGGCAUCAAAAUCUCCCCCAGGGCGGAGGUGACGAGCGAGCAGAUGGGGGUCUACGGCAACCCGAAGCCGUACUUUGACACGGACGGCAUGCUGCACGUUCCGCUGCUCUUCAUGUACGACGAGUACCAGCAGACUGACAUCAUGCACGACGUCGCGUGUGACGUGUGCGCCGCGGAGCUCCUCGGUGAGCUCAUGCCCUUCCCGUGGGACGAUCGCGGACGCUACCAAAAGCCUGACGACAUUGUCGUCUUCUUCAAGAUCGAUGACGGCGCCGACGACGUGCAGUACUACGAGGUUGCCCAGUCCUGGCCGCUGCUCGAGGUGUUCCGCGAAGAGACGUACGAGAUGCCGCAGCUGAUGCCCGUGCUGCACAUUGUCUGCAAAACCAGCGAACUCGUUGAACGCCUCAAAAUCCACCGCGUUGCGUGA